AUGAGCACAUUCACGUCUUCGGGGAGGGGUGGCGCGGGCAACAUUGUCGACAAGACCAAGUCGCCUCGCAUCGAGCCCAAGGACCUCGAGACGCCGACGCUCAAGACCUCAGUCGUUACGACGGGGAGGGGCGGCACCGGCAACAUGGCCAAGAAUGUAGAUCCUGCCGAGACGCGCGCGAUGCAGGAUGUAUCGCCGUAA